AUGGCGACGACGCCGCUUCUCUUGGCGACGCCCCGCUCUGGCUACGCGAAUGUGUUUGAUUCCUACAAGGCCCAUCUGCUCAGCCAGAGCCUGAGCUGGCCGCAGCUCGAGCAACUCACGUACCUCGUCCACGAGACGGCCUCGCACAUGCCGGUCGAGGCCAAGCUCAAUCAAUGGACGCAAGACCAAGAAGAGGCCAUGGAAGAUCGCAUGGAGCAGGACGAGCGCUUCGUACCGCCGCCGUCGUUUGAAGAAGUCCAGCUCAUGAAGCAGUGGCUCGCGAUCCCGCGGCUCAACUAUGACCAGUUCCGGUCGGUUGCGAUGGCGUUGCGGCAGCCGGGGAUCGAAGCGUAUGCCACCGCGAGCGUCUUUCUGCAGUUUCCACACGACGCCUUCGGGCGACUCAAUGGUCUCGCGUGGGUGAACGUGGUGCGCGCGAGCUCGCUGGCGCUCCGUGCCCACGCCCUUCUCUCUGCCUACGACACGUCGGGCAAAGGGGAGACUUUUCGGUCGUAUUUCGUGCUCAUUGUCGCGCGCAUGCUCUGGCUCGCGUUGGUGCCGCACCUCACAGGAAAAGUUGUGAUUGAGCGGGCGCGGGCUCAUCCCUACUGCCACGCACUGGUCAACUUGCAGACGGUCGAGUAUCACAGCUCGAACGAAUAUGGGGCCAACCCGCUGACGCUCGAGGCAGCGACAAAGCUCCACCGCCAGUACAUGCAGCUGGACACGGACAAGAACGGGCUGCUCUCAAAAACAGAAUUCCUCAAUUAUGGAAGAAAAAAGGCGUUUGUGCCCAACGACUCGUCUCGCCCGACACACGAGCUCACGCGUCAGUUUGUCGACCGCGUCUUUGAGGUCGUCCGCACGUACGACGGCGAGCUGGAUUAUAAAUCGUUUUUGGAUCUCAAUUUGCGCAUCCAAGACGGUGUGUCCAAAGGCGCGCUGCAGAUGUACUGGCGCGUCCUUGACCUCCACGACGUUGGCUACCUUGACGGUGCUGUCGUCGAAUUUUUUCUGCAAGGCAUUGCAACCAAGGUGAUGGCUGCUAUGGGGUCGGCCCUCGACACGCGUGUGCUUCGGAGCGAGCUCUUUGACAUGCUCCAACCCAAGCACCCGCUGCACAUCACUCUCGACGACAUUCUGUCGAGUCUGUACGGCCACACAUUUGUGCGUGUCUUGACCGACUACGAAAGUUAUUUGGACUACGAACGCCACGCCAAAUAA